AUCUUUGGAAGUAAAGUGUUUACUUGUCAAUGUCAACAUGUCAUUGUCAAAAGUGUCACAAACGGCAUGUAUGUCAUUGAAGAGGUUAUGAUGUUGUGAAAUUAAUUUCAUGUAGACAUUUUUCAGUGUAACAAAGUAUAUUAACUUAAUUUUGAAAGACAUUUAAGUUUUAAAACUAUGACUCGCUUUGCUCGUGCAAAAGGUUCCAAGUCCUCUAAUGAAAAAGCCCCUGAAGACAGCACGCCAUGGGAGGUGAUGAAGGAACAGUUGUUACAAUCCAAAAAAGAAAACGAAGAAAGCAAAAAGCGAGCAGAGGCUGAAAAUCAACGAAUAGAAAACUAUCAAAACUUCCUGAAAGAACAAAAAGUUCAAAAGAAAAAGGCCACAUGGUGUGACUUUCCAGAUGCACCUAAAAACCAACAAACCGAUCAACCUCCAAGGAAGAAGAAAAAGGUAGAAGCGCUCCAAACAACAUUAAAUGAUGGUGCUGAUACAGUUGUUAGCAAGCCUUCACAGAAGAAGAAAAAAAAGAAUAAACCUAAUAACCAAGCAGAUUCUGCUACAGUAAAUCAGGAUAUUAAUACUGAGAUACAAUCUAGUGAUAUCACAAGUGGAAAAGAAGUGCCUACUCCACCAAAGAAGAAAAAAAAUAAGAAAAAGAAUUCCAAAGAGCAAGAUAAUACAGAAAAUACAGUUAAAAAUGAAUCCUCAGAGACAAAUGCUGCCAAUGAAGACAACUUACAGACUAACAAUAAGCUUUCAAGUAAAAAGAAAAAUAAAAAAAAUAAAACUGCCCCAAGUAAUAAACCAGAUGAAUUACAAAACAACCAAACUAAAUCUCCUAUUCAGAGUCAGAAGGGCCCUGUCCCCAACAAUCAACACAACAUGAAACAACAAAAAAAGAAAAAGCCCAAAAAUCUUGUCAAUGGUAAACCAGUCAGGAGGAAAGAAAUUAAUGACCACAGUUUCCAACUUAUCAUCAAUGGAAAAGAAGUUGAAUUGGUUAGAUUCGAUGGCUUUCCUGUCAUGAAGAAGGACGCUGAACGUUUGCAAGAGUUGAAAAAGAAUAUGAUAAAUAAAGGAAUACCUAAGAGUGAAGUUCAAAGGACUAUGAAAUUAGAAAGGAGACGGGCUGAGAAAGCUCUUGCUAGGAUGAAGAGAGAAGUGUGUUAUAACUGCAGGAAAGGAGGACACAAUCUGUCAGACUGUCCCGAGUUGAAAUCUAAAAUACCUGGGGUGGAUGCACCAGAAGGAGUUUGCUUUAAGUGUGGCUCCACAGAGCACAAGCAGUUUGACUGCAAAGUGCAUAAAGAUACAGAAUUUAAGUUUGCUACCUGUUUCAUUUGUAAAGAACCAGGCCAUAUUGCAAGGCAGUGUCCUGACAAUCCCAAAGGUUUAUACCCUAAUGGAGGUAGCUGUAAAUUGUGUGGAGAUGUAACACAUCUGAGGAAGGACUGUCCAACUGUUAAAGAUAAAAAAGAAGAUUCAUCUAUAAAACUGCACACAUUGGAAGAUAGCAAUAUUGAAGAUAUUGGAGUGCAAACGAAAACAUCAACAAUUGAAUCAGUAAAAAAACCCAAGAAAAUAAAGUUUUAGUCAUAGCUAUAAGCAGUGGGAUUGUGAAAUAUCAUCUUGAUAUGUAUUUAUAUUGUACAAAAGAAAAUAAAUCAAAUUA